GCAUAAUAUAUGUGCAUAUAUGUGUGUGUAUACAUAUGUGUAUAUGUAUAUAUAUGCAUAUACACACAAGCAGAUCUCAAUAAUUAUUUUGUUUCACAAAAAGUACAUGUCCUAUGUUGAUAAUAAUAAGUUUCCUUGGCACAUAUUUGUUUGUAUUGACGUCUGUGUAUAGUCAUUUUAUAUUUGAAAGAAUUACAUAAUGAACAUAAUUUAUUUGGUUAAAUCUCAAAUUUAUUCUGAAAUUUGUUUAGAUAUAUAUAAAUACUUUUGAUAUUGUAAAUAUAAUAUACAUAUGCAACAAUAAUUACUGAAUUUACUUAUUAGUCAAGUUAAUUAUUAUUUAUUAAAAAUUUGGAUAUUACUAUAAAGCAAAAUUGUUGCCAAGAAAGCUCUAAUGUCAAACACUAUAUUUAAAAUUAAGCAAAAUGUGGAUGUAUAUGUAUAUAAUAUAGCUAUGCAUUUCUGUAUCAAUGCUUCUAUAAAGUAUAUCUGAGAUAAACCUGAUAGAAAAAUUAAAAUUGGUAGUAGUUUCAGUGAAACGAUUUACAUUUUAUGAAAGAAACGUUGGUUAAGAAUAUAUAAGAUUUAGUUUAUGAAAGUAACUGAAGAAAAGGAUUCAAAGAUGGCUGCGAUUAAGUUUGGAUCGCAUUUAAAGGAAUUGCGAAUUCUUCUAUGUCAGACGUCAAAAUCAAGUGAAGGAGUUAGAGACUUCAUAAAACAACAGUAUGUUACUAUUAAAAAAACUAAUCCAGAAAUUCCAAUUUUAAUUCGGGAAUGUUCUUUAAUUGAACCAAGACUAUAUGCACGUUAUGAAUAUGGUGUAGAACGAAAUGUACCUUUGAAUGACUUAAAGUCUGAAGAAAUUCUUGAAAGGUUCAAAAAACUUGUAUCCUCAAAACCAUGAAUGUACUUUACCUUGUAAUAUAGAUAUGUAUCAUAAUUGUUUAGUUAUCAAAUAAAAUAGUUAUAUAUAAAUUAAAA